UCAAGUUUUCAUUUCCCUUUACUUCUAUUCGUAUGUCCAGUCUUCGUCUCAUCACAUCGAAGGCUCUCGAGGUGCCCACUCUCAAGGUUCAGAUCGCAGCUAAGAUGGCCAACAUGCCUCUCACGUGCGAGAACUCGGGAAGCGCAAAAGUUUUGGAGCUCUUCAACCCCAGCACUGCCACCGCCCCUACCGUCCGGUACACUGGUCCCGUCUUGCGCUACAUCAGCCGACUGCAUGCGGACAACAGCGUCUGCGACCAGAAGUCUCUCGGUCAGCUCGCCUCGAUCGAAUCUUGGCUUGACUUCGCUGAGCUCGAACUCAGCCCGGUUGAGAGUGGCCUCAGCAUGCUAGAAGAUCACCUCAAAACACACACUUACCUCUCUGGAGACUUCCUCAGCAUUGCCGAUGCUUCGGUCGUUACCUCAUUGGUGACUGGCCUGGCUUCUGAGUCUGAUCUGGAGGACUAUCCCAACGUCCUUCGGUACAUCCGAACGUGUCUGGCCAACCCUGCUGUGGCUGAUGUGCUCUCUCGCUACGCUGCUAAGUUCCCCGUUCCCGAGGUCACCCCGUUCGUGCCUGGCAAGGAAGAGGUCGAGUCCACCGACUCCGAGGUCACCAAGGAGGAGGCCAAGCAGCCUGAAACCAAGCAGCAGCAGUCGAAGAAGCGCGCUGCUGACCGACAGAACGCGAAGGUCAGCCACAAGGAGCUUUCCAUGCCAUCCCCCGAAUCCGUGCCCACCAACACUGUUGGCCCCAUCCCCGAGGGAAGCGAGCCCCCGAUCCAUCCCUAUUCGAGCUGCGUUGGAGGCCGCACUCGUGUGAAGGAUAUUCUACUGAGGACCGAUGGUGGUGCUGGCCUCAUUGGCAAGACUGUUAGCGUUUGUGGUUGGGUCAGAACGAAGCGAAGCCAAGGCAGCGGUUUUGCAUUCGUGGAGAUUUCAGACGGCUCCUGUUUGCAGGGCCUCCAGCUGGUCUUGGACAGCAGUUGUCCUGAUUUCGAGGGUGCUAUUGGACAGAUCGCCACCGGUGCCUCUAUACAGGCAAUCGGCUCUUUGGUGGCUAGCCCUGCCAAGGGUCAGGCUGUAGAGCUGAGCGUCCGUGAGAGCGGCAAGAUUAAGGUCAUUGGCGGUGUCGACUCUGCUGCAUAUCCUCUUGCUAAGAAGCAGCACAGCAGAGAGUUCCUCCGUGAGAUCGCUCAUCUCCGUCCCAGGACCAACCUCAUUGGCGCUGUCGCUCGCGUGCGGUCGUCCUUGAGCGGUGCUGUUCACGCUUUCUUCAUGAGCCGCGAUUUCAAGUAUGUUCAUACCCCUCUUAUCACCAGUGCUGAUUGCGAAGGUGCAGGAGAGAUGUUCCAGGUUACCUCGUUGCUGCAGAAGGCCGAGGGUGCUCAUCAGGACGUCAAAGUGGACCCCAAGACUGGUCGUUUCGACUACAAGCAGGACUUCUUCGGCCGCCCGACGUAUCUUACCGUAUCUGGUCAGCUCAACGUUGAGAACUACGCUUGUGCCUUAUCUGAUGUGUAUACCUUUGGUCCUUGCUUCCGUGCUGAGAACUCGCAUACUUCACGUCAUUUGGCUGAGUUCUGGAUGAUCGAGCCUGAGCUGUGCUUCGCUGAUAUCCACGAUAACAUGAAGUGCGCUGAGGAGUUCAUCCAGCACUGCGCCCGUCAUGUCCUAGCUCAUUGCCGAGAGGACAUAGCUUUCUUCGACAAGUUCAUCGAGAAAGGUCUCAUCAAGCGUCUCGAGAACUUGAUCGCCGAGCCCUUCGCCCGAGUCAGCUACACUGAAGCCAUUGAAAAGCUCCUCAAAGCCCAGAAGAGCGGGAAGACUAAAUUCGAGAACACCAACAUCUACUGGGGCUUUGAUCUCGAUUCGGAGCAUGAGAGGUAUCUCACGGAGAAGAUAUACAAGAAGCCAGUCAUUGUGUAUAACUAUCCUGCUGCUAUUAAGGCCUUCUAUAUGCGGGCUAAUGCUGAUGAGGAACCGUCCAAGCAGACCGUGGCCGCCAUGGACAUCCUCGCUCCUCUUGUCGGCGAGGUAUGCGGAGGUUCUGUUCGUGAGGAGCGUCUUGAUGUUUUGGAUAAGAAGUUGUCUGACCUCAACAUGGACAUCGAAGACUACUGGUGGUAUCGCGAUCUCAGGCGCUUUGGAAGUGUUCCUCAUGCCGGCUUCGGUAUCGGUUUUGAGCGCCUUAUUAUGAUGAUGACUGGCGUGGAGAACAUCCGGGAUGUCAUCCCCUACCCUAGGUAUCCUGGACGCUGCGAGUUUUAAGUAGUAGUUAGGAGGAAAGAUGUAGAUAUGGCUACAGUAGCACUCAGUGGCUGUUGGUCUUCACGCAAUUGUCGCGCGCCGUAAAAUUGUUUCUUGUGUAGAAUCUACAAUAGAAUAGGCAGCGACAGUGGUGCGAAUGAUCGCCAUUUACGA